AAUCUUAAAAACAAAAAAAAAACAACAACUAAAGUAAGCUCAAAAUCCCAUAAAGGUGUUGGAUAUAGAAACUAGAAAGAGAGAGAGAGAGAGAGAGAGAGAAAUUGGAACUGCUUUCAAGUUUCAAGUUUCAACUCAAAGCUGCUGCAGAAUUUGGAUGAGAAAACGCGGUAUUUGAUUCAGUGACUCAUGAAUCAGUGGCUUUAAGUAAAAGGGUAUCUGUAUCUCCUCCUGCUUUGGAUUUAGCUUCUCUCUCCCUCUUUCAUCAGUUUCAGUGUUUCAGGUAUUUGUUGAUAUAAAGUGAAUGAUAAUAUGGGUGUCCCGGGGAAGUGGAUUAAAGCAUUGGUUGGUCUAAAGAAAUCAGAGAAGCCUGAAUCUUCAGAGAAGAAUGGAAAUAAGGUUGGCAAGUCUCGGCAUCGGAGAAAGCAUUCCAUCGAAAUUGACAAUAGUAAACUUCAGAAAGAGCUUGGUAGUGAUGGUACUCUACCUAUUGGAGAUGCAGAUCAUGCAAAUUCGCAAUCAAACCUUGAUGCCCAUUAUUUACCUUCCACCUCACAACAAACACAGGAUGCAGCAUAUAAUCAUCAAGUCAUGAGGGAGGAAUGGGCUGCAACAUACAUUCAAACAGCAUUUCGAGGAUUUUUGGCCAGAAGAGCACUAAGAGCUUUGAAAGGAUUGGUAAGGCUUCAAGCCCUUGUAAGAGGCCAUGCAGUAAGAAAACAAGCUGCUAUAACUCUCCGUUGUAUGCAAGCUUUGGUGAGGGUUCAGGCUCGUGUUCGGGCAAGACGUGUUCGCUUGGCCUUGGAAAGUGAAACUACACAACAAAAAUUCCAGCAACAGCUUGUAAAUGAGGCCCGUGUUCGAGAAAUUGAAGAAGGUUGGUGUGACAGUAUGGGAUCUGUUGAACAAAUUCAAACCAAAAUAUUAAAGAGACAGGAGGCUGCAGCCAAACGUGAGAGAGCUAUGGCUUAUGCUCUAGCUCAUCAGUGGCAGGCUGGAUCAAGGCAGCAGGCUGUUUCUUCAGGGUAUGAACCUGAUAAAAGUAGUUGGGGUUGGAAUUGGUUGGAAAGAUGGAUGGCUGUACGCCCUUGGGAGAAUCGCUUUCUUGACACUAAUAUGAGGGAUGGAGUAAAUCUAGAUGGAAGUGAAGCUAUAGAUGACAAAAAUGAAAUCAAACCUCAGUUAAGAUCUGCUAACACGAAAUCGAUUCCACCAAGUAUUCAUCCAAACCUUGCUACUCAGAUAACCGGUCCCUCUCAUUCUGAUGGUUGUGAUUCUUCAUCUAGUAAGUCAGUAGGUUUGCUAGAGCCAUCAAACACACAGACUGUGAAACAAAAGUCUAAUGUAAAUGUUCAAAAUCCCACUGAAGAAGCCAACACAAGAUCUGAAGUUCCAAGAUCUCAAAGUAAUCCCAAGGAGAGAAUCGCGCAAGUAGAUAAACAGGCGAAGAAGCGAUUAUCCCUGCCUAACAAUGCAGGGGGAGGUCCUGGGGCUCAAACAGCCAAAUAUCCUUCUAGAAAAGGUACUAAUGUGAAAGGGACACGUGGCGCGCAAAAACCUGUAAGGGAUAAACCUAAGCUCAAAGGAGAUGGGGAUGUGAAUGUUACUAAAUCUGUUCCUCAGCCCACGGUUAUGUAGCUUCAGACAUCCUUAGUAACAGGAGCUACUCCAUUCUCCAUUGAAAUCCUGACAUGGCAACAUUUGUCUGUCUGCACUUGUAAUGCACCAUGCAAACUGUUGAGGGGUUUGCAACCACAAUGUACAUGUUUCUCUCCUUCAAGAAGAUGCUGAUGUGGUUUGAUUAUUGAGAUUGGCUUGGGUUUUCAUGGUCAUAAGAUUUCCCUGGUAGAUACACACCUGUUGUAAUUAUCCAUAUUUGUUGUUGUGAGUUAUUAUGUGAUAAAGCGGUAUAUUUAUGUUCAAAUGCACAAUUUCAGAGUGUUGUUGCCUUUGAUUCUAUUGCUAUGGCCAAGUUGCAAGGUAUUUUCUUUC